GACAAUUGAAUGUAUUUCGCUCCGGACGCUACAGAGAAAUUUUGUUGCAAGUCCGUCUCUGGGAGCCAAUUUUACCCUCUAUUUUCCGGAAUUCCUCGCUUGACGCCCCUGCACCCAAUUCUCAGAUUGUUAGAGCAUAUUGGAUAUAAAAGAAAAAAUGGGGGAGGAUUUACUCUCUCUAAAGUGGAAUAACCACAAACCAGCAUUCUUCCACCUGCUAAGAAUCUUACGAGAAAAGGGAUGUUAUACAGAUGUGACCUUAGCGUGUGGUACCAAAUUCUUUGCUGUUCAUCGAUUAGUUCUAAUGGCAUGUAGUGACUUUUUCAAUGAGGUAUUUGAGCACACACAAUGCCAGAAGCCAGUUAUUGUUUUGAAAGACAUAAAGGGCCAUGAACUGGAGGCACUGCUCGACUAUAUGUACCUAGGGGAGGUGGAUGUGCAACAGGCUGACUUACCAGGACUCAUAAAAGCUGCAGAAUGCUUGAGAAUUAAAGGCCUAGCAGUCCCUGAUGAAGACCCUUCACAAACUGGAAAACAUGAAGCACAGACAAGUGGUGAGCGGCCGGCCAAGAGACGGAGACAAGAACGUGAUGGGAGAGAAGGGGACCGGGGGAGUGGGGGGGACAGAGGGAUACACACAUCAGCUUCAGCCAAUAUCCUGCCACAGUACAGUCAUCAGUUGGUAGGUGAGGUUGUCCCAGCGGAGGUGGAUAAUGUAGGGAGUCCUGGUGCUGUUCCUCUACCGGCUGAAGACCCUUCCCACCUUCCUGUCCAUGAACAAGUUGGUUCCCAGCAGCCAGAGCUCCACCACCUACAGAAGGAGCAAGAAGUAACCCCCUCUUCACACCUGCAUGAUGCGCGACUCCAACAGGAAGCACAAGUCUCGCAGGAAGUGGAGGCCUACACUACCAGUGCGGCAGAAAUCAAAACGGAACACUGUGAAGUACAAGAGGAUAUAGAAAAUGGGGGAUUAAAAAGUGAAGUGUCGGAAGCGCGGAGUGACCCUAUGAAUGAGUCACCUGGGGGAGGUGGGGACUUUUCACACUUCUUGUCAGUUGAAGAGAAUCUUGCGCACCAUAUGUUCCAACAGACACACCAAGCAGGCACUUCAGGAAUACAUAGACAAACAGGCAGAGAUAGCGGUUCAGAAGUCACCACGGAAGACGGAAAUAUAAACCGUGGAGGCCUAUACUCCACGCACCUCUUAGGAGAUGUGGUACCUGAGGGAACAGCCAGCCAUGCCAACCAGUCGGGUGCUGCAGCUGAACAAGCUGGUCCCUACCGCUGCCCGUAUUGCCCCCGCGUGGACCAGUAUGAGAGCAAGUGGCUGCGGCACCUGCGUAUUCAUACUGGGGAGAAGCCAUACUUUUGUUCGCUCUGUGACUUCAGAGCCAGCACCAAACACUCGGUUGUCAGGCACACUAAAAUGAAGCAUCAGAUAUGGGGUAACCAGAGUCAAUAAAUUUGAUUGAUAAGGUGUUUUUAUUAAAAAAGAAAAAAAAGGAAAAAAAAUUGAUAUACAAACACUUGAUCAAUUUAGCUCCUUUCCUGGGGAGGCAGAAGCAGCUGUUGUCGAAAUAGAAUCUCAAAAUGUGAAGUUCUCUUGUUUCCAAGGGCUUUUGUUGUGAAAAAUGUACAGUAUAGAAUAUACAAGUCAUUAUUAUUGUAUUGUAUUGAAAGAACUAUAGAUGCAGUAUGUGAUUAUUUUUUUAGGGGGGGAAAUCGUGUGGGGGAAUUAGUUGAAUAGUUCUUAGUUAUACCAAGACUAGCAUGUGUGACUUUGAAAAAGUGAUUAUGUGCAACCUAUGCUAAGACUAUUGACAGAUGACUUUAUUGUGUUAUUUAAAGAGAGUAAAAUAUUUGGUAUUGUAAAUUAUUACCAUAUAUUAUUAUGUAGAAAUUAGAGGUGGAAAAAGUAUCAGAACCAUUCCCAGAAAUUUUUGAGGGGUAAAAUGCUUUGCAGAAUUUUUCACAGGAAAUUUAAACACUUGUAAGUUAAUUGCUUGAAUGUUAAGAAUGACUUGAUAGAGAAUGCUUUGUAUAUAAUAUUUAAAUUCCCAGGGCAGUCAAAGCAGAGCUGCCAGCAGACUGUGAUAUAUAGUCAUUUAUGAUCUGUUGAAAGAUUUAAAUUAACUGACAGAAAUUUGUAUAUACUAUUUAUUCAAACUAACCAUUUCAUGAAACAAAUUAUUUAAAAGCUGAAAUAUUUUAUGGAAAAAGGUCUAAGCUCAAGUAAGUCUCCUUAUAGAAUGCACCGUUGAAUGUAAUGUCCUUUGCUUAUGUUUUCUCUGAUCAGAUAAGUGUUUAUUUUGAGUUUGUAGAUUGUUUAUCAUCAAUUCUUGUAGACUAACCAUUUUGGAGUAAUUAAAGUGAAUUUGCAGGUAGCCUCUAAGUGCUAAAUAGAAUGCUCAAACACCAAAGGAAAUGUAAAUUCUUAGAUGUGAAGUGUUUUCAUUUUGCUGAUUUGAUUUCUUUGACAUUUAGUUUGUGUAUAAAUGUCCCAGAAUUUCAAGUAAUGGUUUGACAAAAAGAGACUACGUUUUCCUGUUUCAUUUAUGUAUACAUAUUGUAGAGUUCCCUCGACUGAAAUGCAAAUAAAGACUUUUAAUAAGAAAUUGCAGCCCAUAUGAAAUUAGAUAUUAAAUUUCUGGUUUCAUGUUUUUUAAAUAUUGUAAAAACUGAGUUUUGUAGGUUACCCCUUGAAAAUUUCGCAGAAAGUUUUAAGUCAUAAAUCUAGGUUCUUAGAAAGGAAAAAACUUGAUCCACCUCUGGUAGAAAUACUGUUGUACUUUUUUUGAUGCUUGUAUCAAAAUACAGAUGUUAUUUUGUAGACUUUUGUCUACUCAAACCAAAUCAUAUUUUAUGUAAGGUCUUAUCCUGAUCAUUUUGUAUAAAUGGAAAAAGAAAACAUGAAAAAUG